AUGGAAGUUGUAAAACCCACAAAUCUUUCAUUCUUCACACUCAACUGGCUGUGUUUCUUGCUGGGCACAAUGGUUCCCGGACUCAAAUCUCAAUCCCCCGGCGGUUUGGUCUGCAUUAGCGACUGCGCUACAUGUCCCAUCAUAUGCUCGUCUCCACCGCCUCAGCUGGAAGUCGUUUCAGAGCCGCCGCCGCUGCCACCGCUGCUUGCAUAUGGGCCUCCGCCUCCAGCACCACCUCUGCCACCGUCAUCGUACAUUUCGUGGGGCGGCGCAACUACUCCGGCUUCUCCUUCCAAUUACUUGGACUCUCCUCCGGCCACAGAAACGCCGGCUGCCGGCGGAGGAUUGGGGAAGAUCAACUAUAGCUAUCCUUACUUCUACUAUUACGCCUCCAAUGCUGUUUCUCUCACUUCUCUGCAAAUUCACCGCUCCACUCUUCUUCUUUUCUUCAUAAUAAUCUCCAUCUUUUCCCAAUACUCUUAG